AUGGAGCGCUUCCCAGGGACAGGUGGGUGCCUUGUUUUCGUUGAAAACACCUAUCAAUAUCUUUUCAGUCAAUCAUCAUCUCGAGAUAAGGUCGUUGCACCUGUCACUAGACCACGGGGACCAUCAUUCACGGGUGCGAAUGAGCGACACCAGUCGCUCAAGCCGCUCUCCACAGAAGGCUCCUUUAUACCUGGAGAAAAAGAAGAAGAUGGCCAGCUGCGUCGCGAAUACGUGCUGGUUGACGAUACUCGAGCUGUCGAAAAUCACAUCCCAGCCCCGACGACCAUUACACGACCGGAAAAUCCCUCCAACACCCUCAACGGACGAUUACCCCCCAGAAUACCCCAUACCGACGAACAACAAUGCAUGGCUUCAAGGGCGGCAUCGAACGCCCUAAAUAGAACUUUGAGUCUUGCGUCCAAGAAGUUGUUUGGGCAUUCCUCAUCAGGGCACUCACGCGCAUCUCCGUCAAGAGAUCAAAGCAGUGUGCCGUCGUCGCCUCGACGGCCGCAGAUCAUCACGCUGGACGGAGAAGGGGAGCGGGACCCUCUUGAGGAUGAUUUGCUAUCUUCCCUUGAAGAGUUAGCGCAGAAGACGGACGUGCUUACGCACUGGGCGGAUGAGAUGUAUGAGUACGUCGAGGCGGUGCCUCAGAAGCCUCUACCCGAUCCUACCAAGUUCAUCAAACGCGAGGGCGAGGCAGAGAAACACGGGAAACGGCGGAAACACGCUGACAUAGAAGCGGAAUACAAUGCCGUUACAUGCGUCGCAGUGUACAUGCUGCUUAUGUCGUUCUCGCAGAAGGGCAUCAACAAGCUGAGGAACUUCCAGGAACAUAUGAAGAUGCGCCAUCCGGAUGGGAAUUUUGUCGUCAGUGAUGGGUUUGAUGACGGUAAGACUAUUCCUGGCCUCUCUAGUGACGACCUUGGGAUAACGUUGUGUUGGUUUAAAGACCACUUUAUGAAGUGCAAUGACCGCGCAGCCUUGGUGAAGACAUGGUUGCCGGUUCAGUACGAUGGCCCGAAGAGUUGGCUUGACCAGCUUGUGUAUGAUCGUGCUCUGGUUCUGAGCCGAACAGCUGCUCGGAAGGAGCUCCUCGAUCAAGCGACGAGCCCAGACGAAUGCGAGAAGCUAUAUGAAGAAUCCUUGUGGUGCCUUUACGCACUACAAGACGACCUAUUGCAGACGGGUAAUCCAUACAUGGAUGAGGGUCGGGAAACAAUCAGUACCUGGAUCAAACGCACGAAACUGCGGUUAUUGCGGUGUCGUGCCCGAAUGGGCAUGAAUGACCACGAUCGUCUGAACGACGCGAGAGCCGACCAGAACUUGGCCGACGUGGCGCGGAUCCCUGCUCCAUGGGAAGCGAAGCCUAUAUCAGACACGUCGCGGAAUUCUCCAACUCCUACAUCGUCAUGA